ACAAAGUCCAAAGUCCAAAGUCCAAACUCCGAAGUGGCGGGCAAAAUCGUGCUGAGCACUGAGUAGAUAGUUCUCUUCCUCUGGAAGCUUUUCACUACGCCAGUUUAAAAACCAUCUCCUCUCUUCUGCUGUUCUGCAUCCUCACCAAUAAUGGCGACUAAUCUCAAAGUUGAUGAACUCAGAGAUGAGCUCUCCAAAAGAGGGCUCAGCACCGCCGGUAUUAAAAGCACACUGGUGAAAAGGCUUGAAUCUGCUAUUCGCAAAGAGUCUGUUCCUGAAUGGGAUUUAAAUAAUAGAUUACUAAAGAGAGAUAGGGAAAAACCUGAAGAUGGGGAUUUUAAUUGCGGCUCUCUGAAAAUUAGGGCCAUAGACGACUUAAGGAAAUUGAACAUAAAACAGUUGCGCGAACAAGCGUCUCUUAGCGGGGUUUCGGCAAGUGGAUCAAAGAAAGAACUUUUAGAGAGGUUGUGCAAAGAUCCCCAAACGAACAAUGAUGACAUUGUGGAAGAAAUUGAAGAGGAGGAAGAUAGAAAAGAGAGGAAGAAGGAAAAGCUGGUUACUGCCACAAAGAAAGGUUCGGCCGUAUUAGAUCAAUAUAUAUCGGAUCAGGUUAAGUCUCAGUACCAUGUACUGCAACAGGGUAAUGAAAUUUAUGAUGCCACGCUGAAUCAAACAAAUGUUGGGGAGAACAAUAACAAGUUUUAUAUCAUACAAGCACUAGAAUCCGAUGAUGGUUCUACAUUUAUGGUUUACAAUAGAUGGGGUAGGGUUGGUAUUAAGGGUCAAGAUAAGUUGCAUGGUCCCUACUCUUGUGUACAGUCUGCAUUAGAUGAGUUUGAACAGAAGUUCCAUGCCAAGACUAAGAACUGCUGGUCUGAGCGCAAAGACUUUGUUUCUCACCCAAAAGCUUACACUUGGUUGGAAAUGGACUAUGGAGAAGAAGGGAAACAAACUGCUGUCCAUGGAGACUUGAGCAGGAAAGUGGAUAUUCAGCCUCGAGAAACGAAACUAGAACAACGCAUUGCAAAGUUCAUCUCUCUUAUUUGCAAUGUCAGUAUGAUGAAACAGCAAAUGAUGGAAAUAGGCUACAAUGCUGAAAAGUUGCCACUUGGUAAGCUAAGCAAAGCUACGAUUUCAAAGGGUUAUGAGGUUUUGAAGAGAGUUGCUGAUGUGAUUAGUCAAAACAAUAGGAAAAAGCUUGAGCAGUUAAGCGGAGAAUUUUACACCAUCAUUCCCCAUGAUUUUGGUUUUAAAAAGAUGCGUGAAUUCGUAAUUGAUACCCCUCAAAAGUUAAAACGCAAGCUAGAAAUGGUUGAAGCCCUUGGUGAAAUUGAGGUUGCAACAAAGUUGCUGGAGGACAAUGCUGGGAUGGAGGAACAGGAAGACCCAAUCCUUUCACGUUAUGAACGCCUUGGCUGUGAACUAACACCGGUAGAAGUUGAUUCCAAAGAGUUUCACAUGAUCACCAAGUACAUGAAGAACACUCAUGCCAAGACACAUUCAGAUUAUAGUGUUGAAAUCGUUCAGAUUUUUAGAGCCUCAAGGCAUGGAGAAGCCGAUCGUUUCAGCAAGUUCUCUAAUACAAAAAAUAGGAUGCUUUUGUGGCAUGGUUCUCGGCUAACAAAUUGGGCUGGAAUCCUGUCUCAAGGUUUGCGGAUUGCUCCUCCAGAAGCACCUGUAACAGGGUACAUGUUUGGGAAAGGUGUUUAUUUUGCUGACAUGUUCUCAAAGAGUGCAAACUAUUGUUGUGCCUCUCACCAAGCUUCAGCUGGUGUGCUGCUUUUGUGUGAGGUUGCACUUGGGGAGAUGGCUGAGCUACUAACAGCUAAAUACGAUGCUGACAAGUUGCCACAAGGAAAGCUAAGCACGAAAGGAGUUGGGGCUACUGCCCCUGAUAUGUCAGAGAUUGAGACACUGGAGGAUGGUGUUGUUGUUCCCCUAGGACACCCCAAAAAGCAGCUGACUUCAAAGGCUAGCUUAUUAUACAAUGAGUAUAUUGCUUACAAUGUCGAUCAGAUCAGGAUGCGCUAUGUUGUUCAUGUCAAUUUCAAUUUUAAGAAAUAACAUUUCAUGGCUUCUAUUGGAAAUGGAGAAAUUGGUUGCCUUGUAAAGGCAGGUUUUGCUAGAUGUUUGAGUUUAGAGGCUAUAUCAAUGGUACUGUGACUUGUCUUUUGAAUUAGAUCCUUGUAUAAACAGAUUGGGAGAUAUCGGUCUAUGUGAUCAAUUUAUAGUUAUAAUAGAUAACACCACUUUUAUAA